AUGAGCGCAGAUACGAGACGGCAGGUGCUGCGACUAUACAAGGAGUUGCUAUACGUUGGCAAGACAUAUCCAGCAGGAUUCGACUACUUCAAACCAAAGCUAAGAGCUGCCUUUGAGAAAAAGAGACACAUUACUAGUCCAGAGGACAUUCAAAAGGGCAUCAAAUUGGGAAAUUACGUGUAUAAGGAGCUUGAGGCACUGCACUUCCUCAAGAAGUAUCGGACGAUGAAGGCGAGAUAUGGAUGA